CUGAGCCUGCCUGAGCGUGAGGACCAUGCGACUAACGUGACCCCGGUAAACUCGGAUAAAAACACUAAAACCCUCUUCUAAAACCUCGGUUCUGGAGGAAAAUGUCGGUGUUUCACGACGAGGUGGAGAUCGAGGACUUUGAGUUCGACGAGGACACGGAGACGUACUAUUUCCCGUGUCCGUGCGGGGACCCGGUUUGCCAUCACCCGGAGGAUCUGGAGAACGGGGAGGAGGUGGCCACAUGUCCGAGCUGCUCUCUCAUUGUCAAAGUAAUUUAUGACAAGGAGUUGUUCAUGUCCGGAGAAACCAUUGUUGCUCCUUCAAGCACAUCCAAACUAGAGCUGGUCCAGUCCUGAGUCUGACCAAGAUCCAAGACCUGGACUCAGACCAGAGACCGGACUUCAGAGCAGCGCCCCGUUUCCACAUAAUGUGUAUUUAUUUAAAAUGUACAGUGCAGGAAGAACCAGAGCAGAGAAACUGGACCAGACCAGAACCUGUUCCAGUCCUGGUUCAGAUCUCACUUGAACCUUUUUCAUUUUAAACUUAUUUAUUUCAUGACAAAGAGGAUUUUAAUAUUUACACUUACAUGACGGUUUUAUUUUGUAUUGUUUGAA